GGCGCGCUAUUUCCAGCUCCUCCGCUAUUUUUCGUAAUUCGUGACUUGUGUUUUAUUGUUUUUUUGUUUGUAACGUGUUGUACCGCCGUGGAAGCGGAACGCGAGCGUUCCCCUUUUGUGACACGGGCCUUUGUGCGACAAAAACCGAGCAGGACGAGGAAAAGGCGCCACGAAAUAGAACGCCAUUUACGAGGAGACGGCCGCGGUGCACGCUACUACACAGAGAACAGAGUUAUUGCGGGAUUUGCAGCUGUUUGAAUCUCACCAAUGAAUCAUCCUUUGCGGCGUCGUGUGUGAAUUGUGCGUGUGUCGAACGGCCACCGGAGACCGGAGCAUAAUCGGCUCCCGUGGAAGCUGCUGCUGCUGCCUCUCUACAUUACACCCUCCGGUGUGAAGUGUGUUACGUUUCCGGUUGCACCACGAUCAGUACUGGCCCGCGAGCAAGCAACUCUUCUCCCCCUUCGCACGUGAUCGAUAGCGAUGGAGGAAGACACCGAGUACAAGAAGCUGCCGGUUGAGGAGCGGUGCGUGCACAAGCUGUGGAAGGCCCGCGUCGACGGUUACGAGGAGGCGGCCAAGCUGUUCCGCACCAUCGACGAUGAAAAGUCCCCGGAGUGGAACAAGUACCUUGGUCUGAUCAAAAAGUUCGUCAUCGACAGCAAUGCGGUGGCACAGGAGAAGGGUCUCGAGACGGCCCUCGUCUUCGUCGAGAAUGCCGGCAAUGCCGGUAAAACGGUCGGCGAGGUGAUGGGUGGCAUCGUGACCAAAUGUAUCGGGGCGCCAAAAACGAAGACGAAGGAGCUGGCCGUACAGAUCACGCUGAUGUACAUCGAGAUCGAACGGCAGGAGACCGUGCUCGAGGAGCUGCUGAAGGGAACGGAACAGAAAAACCCGAAAAUUGUGGCCGCCUGUGUAACGGCGAUCACGUUGGCGUUGCGCGAGUUCGGCAGCAAGGUGAUGGGCAUUAAGCCGAUCGUGAAACGGCUGCCGGCGCUACUGUCCGAUCGUGAUAAGACGGUGCGCGACGAGUCGAAAGCACUGACGGUCGAAAUCUACCGGUGGAUAGGUGCUGCCUUCAAAUCACAGAUCGCGUCACUCCCGGCCGUACUGUUAACCGAGCUGGAGACGGAGUUUGAAAAGAUUGGCAACGAAAAAGCGACACCGGUACGGUACCUGCGCUCCCAGCAAGAGAAACAGCGACAGAUCGCAGCCUCGGUGGUCGACGGUGUCGAGGGCGAGGAGGAAGAAGAUGGGACCGGAGGUGGCGAUGCCGGAGAGGAGAUUGAUCCGCUCGAUCUGAUCGAUCCAGUCGACAUCCUGUCAAAGCUGCCGAAGGAUUUCUACGAAAAGCUCGAAGCCAAAAAGUGGCAGGAGCGUAAGGAAUCCCUAGAAGCCCUCGAGACACUGCUUCAGAAUCCAAAGCUACAGCCCGGCGAGUACGGCGAUGUGGUGCGGGCACUCAAAAAGGUUAUCACGAAAGACACGAACGUGGUUCUGGUGGCACUCGGUGGUAAAUGCUUAGCAAUGUUGGCUAAAGGAUUGGGCAAAAAAUUCAACACGUACGCAGGGGCAUGUGUUCCGGCGAUUUUGGAAAAGUUCAAGGAGAAAAAAACCAACGUUGUUACCGCACUCCGGGAUGCCAUCGAUGCCAUCUAUCCAGCGACAACACUAGAAGCAAUCCUAGAGGAUUUGCUGGAGGCAUUGGGGAACAAAAACCCCAACGUAAAGAUGGAGACGGCAUCAUUCCUAGCGCGUUCCUUUACCAAAACGAUUCCAACGGCGCUGUCGAAGAAAAUCAUUAAACCAAUCGUAGCGGCCCUGCUCAAGACACUCAACGAGUCCGAUCCCGGUGUGCGUGACGCAUCGGCGGACGCGAUCGGGACGGCGAUGAAGCUCGUGGGGGAGAAAACCAUUGCCCCGUACCUGACGGAGGUGGAUGCGCUGAAGAUGGCAAAGAUUAAGGAAUGCUGCGAUCGGGCCGUCAUAACGGUCAAGAUACCGGCCGCAGCACGGAAAGAGCGACCUGCCACAGCUCCACCAAAAGCCGUCAGCAGUGGCGGCGCUACCAUACGGAAGGUUCCUUCAGAGACGAGAGUUGCGGCCGGCGGUGGUGCUGGUGGUGGUUCGAGCGGCCCAAUGCAGCGCCCGUCCACAGCCGUGGCCGGAGGCGGUGCAACAAUCAAAAAGGUUGUAUCCGGUGGUGGUAUUAAGAAGAGCGCCACCGGUGGCUCACUCGGUGGUAAGGGGGCAGGAUCUAAGGGUUCGCAAUCUCAAUCGGCUCCGGCAAAUACGGAAAAAGAGCUGUCUCAGGAAGAGAUCGACGAACGGGCCGUGGAAUUGCUACCAGCGGACGUGAUCAGCGGGCUAGCGGAUAGCAACUGGAAAACUCGCCUCUCUGCAAUAGAAUCCUUCUCUAGCACCAUACCUGAGAUCGAACCGAAACCAAGCAUCUCGCAGAUACUGCUACGUACGUUGACGAAAAAACCAGGCCUAAAGGAUA